CGCGGGGAGGGGUUGGGGGAGGAGGGAAAGCGGCGAGUAAGAUGGAAGAUGAGGAGGUCGCUGAGAGCUGGGAGGAGGCGGCAGACAGCGGGAGCUUUUGGCCAAUUGAAGCAUGAUGGCUGAAAUAGACAGACGGUUGGAAAAAAAACUGAAGAUCACACAAAAGGAGAGCAGGAAAUCCAAAUCUCCUCCGAAAGUGCCCAUUGUGAUUCAAGACGAUAGCCUUCCCACGGGGCCUCCCCCACAGAUCCGCAUCCUCAAGAGGCCCACCAGCAACGGUGUGCUCAGCAGCCCCAAUGCCACCAGCAGGCCAGCCCUUCCUGUCAAGUCCCUAGCCCAGCGGGAGGCAGAGUAUGCAGAGGCUCGGAGGCGGAUCCUAGGCAGCGCCAGCCCCGAGGAGGAGCAGGAGAAACCCAUCCUCGACAGGCCAACCAGGAUCUCCCAACCGGAAGACAGCAGGCAGCCCAGUAAUGUGAUCAGACAGCCAUUGGGUCCUGACGGGUCACAGGGCUUCAAACAGCGCAGAUAAAUGCAGGCAAGAAAGGAUGCUGCCGCUGCCGCCAUCGCCUCCUGGGUCGUCUGCCAUGGGUCGCACUGCUGUGGCAGACAUCUGGACUUGAGCAGAGGGAAUAACCUGACUUACUUGCACUGUGAUCCCCCUUGCUCCGCCCACUGUGACCUUGAACCCCAUGCACUGUGACCUCUGCCUCCCCCCCUUCCCACUGUGAUUGGCAUGUUGACAAGGGCUGUCCCAAGUCACUAGAAAGGGAAAGGGUGGGGAUUAGGGGAGGAUUAGGGGAGCCUACCAAGGACUCAGAGUAGAGGGUCAGACAGUGCCACUUGGCCACUUGGGGUAAAGCCAGUGCCAGCAAUAACAGUUUAUCAUGCUCACUAAUUUGGGAUUUCAAAACACAAAUGAGAACUCCCCCCACCCACCCCAAGUGCAUGUCGCCAUCACUUAAAAGUUCCAUUGAAAAUA